GAUCUGGCAGCUGGUUAAUUUAUUCAUCAGAUUUUACCUGGCUCCUGCUGUGUGACUGGGCAUUGGAACCCAGAGAAGAAUCAGGCUCAACCUUACUUGUGAGGAGCAUCAAUUCUGUGCCCAGCUCUGUGCUGGACCCUGAUCCUGGGGAAGUCACAGUCCAAUGGGGGAAAUGGACUUGUCACCAGCGAUAUUUCAGAGUGCUCAGGGCUGGGAUGGGAGAACUUCAGGGGAUAGGGGGUCUCAAAGAGGAGGCUGACAAAGCCUGGGUCAGGGAGAACUUCCAAGAGGAGGGAAUGAGAGAGACAAGACCUGAGGGAUGAGGAGGAAGGAACCUACCGAAAGGAUGGGGAAAAGCGUUCCAUGCAGAGGGAACAACCUUUGCAAAGGCCUAGGAGGAAACAAGAAGAUGGUGCUUUUUUUGGACUCUUAGAAGUUUGAGAGCUCUGAGAGUGGAGGCCGUGGGGGCAAGAUGGGGCUGGAAGGGUAAACAGACCUGAGAAUUCAGACUUUAUCUUGAAGAUAACAGGGAGCCAUUGAAGGUCUAUGAUCUGUGGAGAGACAGGCAGAUAUGUGUGGUAUGAAAAUUACACUGGCACUUGCUGUGAAGAAGCUAGCAGGAGGGGAGAGGUUGGAAGCAGGAAGAUUGAUAAGAUGGGAGCUGUGAUUGUCCAGACAUCAAUAAAAGGUGUGGAGAGGCACAUAGGGGAGAUAACUAUACCCUGCAGGGGCUGAAGGAGGGCUUUAAACAAAGAGAGAUGGUACCAGCAUGUGCUCUCCCUGCCUCACCUUCAGGCUCUGCUCUUCCAGCCCCCCACCCCAGACCACACACAAAGAAGCAAGCCUAACCUUAGCUGCCUUCACCUCCCCCUGACCUACCUUCUGCUCCAUGCAGGACUCCCUGUGAAGCAAUUCAGGCCUUCGUGCCCAGGCUCACAGAUAACAAUGCCCCCGUUGUCUCUCUGCUCCCAUCUCUGGAGGCGUCUGAUUCUUCUUUCUGCUCUACAGGCUCGCAGCACUGACAGCCUGGAUGGCCCAGGGGAGGGCUCAGUGCAGCCCUUGCCCCACACUGGGGGGCCCAGUGUGAAGGGGAAGCCUGGGAAAAGGCUCUCAGCUCCUCGAGGUCCCUUCCCCCGGCUGGCCGACUGUGCCCAUUUCCAUUAUGAGAAUGUUGACUUUGGCCAUAUUCAGCUCCUGUUGUCCCCAGAGCGUGAAGGCCCCAGCUUCUCUGGAGAGAAUGAGCUGGUGUUUGGGGUGCAGGUGACCUGUCAGGGCCGUUCCUGGCCAGUUCUCCGAAGUUAUGAUGACUUCCGAUCCUUGGAUGCCCACCUACACCGGUGCAUAUUUGACAGGAGGUUCUCCUGCCUCCCAGAGCUUCCCCCACCCCCAGAGGGGGCCAGGGCUGCCCAGAUGCUGGUACCACUGCUGCUGCAAUACCUGGAGACCCUGUCAGGCCUGGUGGACAGUAACCUCAACUGUGGGCCUGUGCUCACCUGGAUGGAGCUGGACAACCAUGGCCGGCGACUGCUCCUCAGUGAGGAGGCCUCCCUUAACAUCCCUGCAGUGGCCGCUGCGCACGUAAUCAAACGGUACACAGCCCAGGCUCCAGAUGAGCUCUCCUUUGAGGUGGGAGACAUUGUCUCCGUGAUCGACAUGCCACCCACUGAGGAUCGGAGCUGGUGGCGGGGCAAACGAGGCUUCCAGGUCGGUUUCUUCCCCAGUGAGUGUGUGGAAUUGUUCACAGAGCGGCCUGGUCCAGGACUAAAAGGGGAUGCCGAUGGUCCCCCAUGUGGUGUCCCAACACACCAGGGUGUCUCCUCUCUGACCUCAGCUGUGCCCCGGCCACGUGGGAAGCUGGCUGGCCUCCUCCGAACCUUCAUGCGCUCCCGCCCUUCUCGGCAGCGGCUGCGGCAGCGGGGCAUCUUGCGGCAGAGGGUGUUUGGCUGUGACCUUGGAGAGCACCUCAGCAAUUCAGGCCAGGACGUGCCCCAGGUACUUCGCUGCUGCUCCGAGUUUAUUGAGGCCCAUGGGGUGGUGGAUGGAAUCUACCGGCUCUCAGGAGUGUCAUCCAACAUCCAGAGGCUACGGCAUGAGUUCGACAGCGAGAGGAUCCCUGAACUGUCCGGCCCCGCCUUCCUGCAGGACAUCCACAGUGUGUCCUCCCUCUGCAAGCUCUACUUCCGGGAGCUGCCGAACCCCCUGCUCACAUACCAGCUCUAUGGGAAGUUCAGUGAAGCCAUGUCCGUGCCUGGGGAGGAGGAACGCCUGGUGCGUGUCCACGACGUCAUCCAGCAGCUGCCCCCGCCUCACUACAGGACCCUGGAAUACCUGCUGAGGCACUUGGCCCGCAUGGCGAGACACAGUGCCAACACCAGCAUGCAUGCCCGCAACCUGGCCAUUGUCUGGGCACCCAACCUUCUACGGUCCAUGGAACUGGAGUCAGUGGGGCUGGGUGGGGCAGCAGCCUUCAGGGAGGUACGGGUGCAGUCGGUGGUGGUGGAAUUCCUGCUCACUCACGUGGAUGUCCUGUUUAGCGACACCUUCACCUCUGCUGGCCUCGACCCUGCAGGCCGCUGCCUCCUCCCCAGGCCCAAGUCUCUUGCGGGCAGCGGCCCCUCCACUCGCCUGCUGACGCUGGAGGAAGCCCAGGCUCGGACCCAGGGCCGGCUGGGGACUCCCACCGAGCCCACCCCUCCCAAGGCCCCAGCUUCACCUGUGGAAAGGAGGAAAGGGGAGAGAGGCGAGAAACAGCGAAAGCCAGGGGGAAGCAGUUGGAAGACCUUCUUUGCACUGGGUCGGGGCCCCAGCAUCCCCCGAAAGAAGCCUCUACCCUGGCUGGGGGGCACCCGCGCCCCACCGCAGCCUUCAGGUGGCCGACCUGACACAGUCACGCUGAGAUCUGCCAAAAGUGAGGAGUCUCUGUCAUCGCAAGCCAGUGGGGCUGGCCUCCAGAGGCUGCACAGGCUCCGGCGACCCCACUCCAGCAGUGACGCUUUCCCUGUGGGCCCGGCACCUGCUGGCUCCUGCGAGAGCCUGUCCUCGUCAUCCUCCUCCUCUGAAUCCUCCUCCUCUUCGGAGUCCUCAUCCUCCGGAUCCUCAGGAGCUGGGCUGGGGGCACUCUCUGGGUCCCCCUCACACCGAACCUCAGCCUGGCUAGAUGAUGGUGACGAGCUGGACUUCAGCCCACCCCGCUGCCUGGAGGGGCUCCGGGGGCUCGACUUCGAUCCCCUGACCUUUCGCUGCAGCAGCCCCACACCAGGGGACCCAGCACCUCCCGCCAGCCCGGCACCCCCAGCCCCUGCCUCUGCCUUCCCACCCAGGGUGACCCCACAGGCCCUCUCACCCCGUGGGGCCGCCAGCCCUGCCUCGCCCACUGCCCUGGACAUCUCAGAGCCCCUGGCUGUAUCAGUGCCACCUGCUGUCCUGGAGCUGCUGGGGGCCGGGGGAACGCCUGCCUCAGUCACCCCAACGCAGACCCUCAGCCCCAGCCCAGGCCUCCGGCCCCAUCUCAUCCCCUUGCUGCUGCGGGGAGCUGAGGCCCAGCUGAGUGACACGUGCCAACAGGAGAUCUGCAGCAAGCUGGCGCUGCCUGUUCCCCGGGGAGCCCAAGGCCAGCACGGUCCUGGUAUGGAUUCACCGCUGCUGCCCCCACCCCUGUCCCUCCUGCGCCCUGGGGGGGCCCCACCCCCACCCCCCAAGAACCCAGCACGCCUCAUGGCCCUGGCCCUGGCUGAGCGGGCUCAGCAGGUGGCCCAGAGACAGAGCCAACAGGAGCAUGGGAGCACCCCUUCUGCUCCCCACUCCCCUUUCCACCGUUCACUGUUGCUGGAGGUGGGCGGUGAGCCCCCAGGGACCUCAGGGGUUGGGCCAGCCCCCAACUCCCUAGCCCACCCAGGUGCCUGGGUUCCUGGACCCCCACCCUCCCUACCAAGGCAACAAAGUGAUGGGAGCCUGGUGAGGAGCCAGCGGCCCCCAGGGACCUCAAGGAGGGGACCCAGAGGCCCUGCCCAGGUUCCUACUCCCGGCUUCUUCUCUUCAGCCCCUCGGGAGUGCCUGACGCCCUUCCUUGGGGUCCCCAAACCAGGCUUGUAUCCCCUGGGUUCCUCAUCCUUCCAGACCAGCUCCCCAGCCCCAGUCUGGAGGAGCCCCUUAGGUCCCCCUGCACCACUUGACAGGGGAGAGAACCUGUACUAUGAAAUCGAGACGGGUGAGGGAACCCCCUACACUGGCCCCACUCGGUCCUGGAGUCCCUUUUGCUCUAUGCCCCCAGAUAGGCUCAAUGCCUCAUAUGGCCUGCUUGGCCAAUCGCCACCACUCCACAGGUCCCCCGACUUCCUGCUCAGCUAUCCACCAGCACCUUCCUGCUUUCCCCAUGACCACCUUGGCUACUCAGCCCCCCAGCAUCCUGCCAGGCGCCCUACCCGGCCUGAGCCCCUCUAUGUUAAUCUAGCUCUGGGGCCCAGGGGUCCCUCACCUGCCUCUUCCAGCUCUUCCUCCCCUCCUGCCCACCCCCGUAGCCGUUCAGAUCCUGGCCCCCCAGCCCCCCGCCUACCCCAGAAACAGCGGGCCCCCUGGGGCCCCCACACCCCUCACAGGGUGCCUGCGCCCUGGGGACCUCCAGAGCCUCUCCUGCUGUACAGGGCAGCCCCACCAGCCUAUGGGAAGGGGGGCGAGCACCACCGUGGGUCCUUGUACAGGAAUGGGGGGCAAGGAAGGGAGGGGGCUGGUCCCCCACCCCCCUACCCCACUCCCAGCUGGUCCCUCCACUCUGAGGGUCAGACCCGAAGCUACUGCUGAGCCACAGCAGGGAAAGACCUUCCUCCCUUACCUUCCCCUUCACUGAUCUUGGCCCAAUUCAAUCCCUUUUGUAUUUUCUUGAACUCCUGACCCUUACCCCAGGUUUCUAACUUUGUAACUUGUUUCUGAUGUGGGUCCCUAACCUGUUAUAGCUUCCCUACCCUGGGCGGAAGGGCACACCCAUUCCCCACCCACCAUCCUCCCAUCCUGGGGGCUCUCGCACAAAUCUGAGGGCUAGGCUGACACCCUGUUUUCCCUCUCCCUCCAGGAGCCCCCAACUUGUUCUGACCUGUGCACAGGGGGUUGGGGAACAGCUCCUGCCCAUCUCCCUCCACACCCCCCACUAAACCAUCUGACAAAAUUAAUGAAUAAAAACGGUGAAAACAC